CAUCCAUAGCAUGCCCUGACGAGAAGAAUAUAAAAUUUAAGAGACAUUACCGGUACUAGUUUUAACGUGUUGUACUGUACAGCAGUAGGGCAGAGGGCUUUUGUGAAAUCAUACCGGUACAGUCUGACGGUACGGUACGUGAAGGCACCGCUGCGGUAUAUUACAUUACGGUAACAACAAUCGUCAGUACCGGUACUGCUAUAGUCUACCUGCAUCUCAGUUCGGUAUGGCGGCUCCCUCGGAGUCUGUAGACGCUGUUUUUGUAAAGAGCGAAGCCAUGUCAAACGAUUCCCGGAUAGUUUCUGGUUAUGAUUUUAAUGAUGGGAUUGAUUAUCAUAAGUUACUGGAGUCCUAUAGGACUUGUGGAUUUCAGGCUCAACAUUUUGGUCAAGCUGUGGAACAAAUUAAUAAAAUGAUUGAAAAGAGACAUGAACCAUUGUCUGAAGAUGACUUACAGAAAGUCAAUUUAAAUCCAAUUGUUAGAAAGAGAUCAAACUGCACAAUCUUCUUAGGGUAUACUUCAAAUAUGAUGUCAUCUGGUAUCCGUGAUACUAUCAGAUUCCUAGUACAACAUAAUCUUGUUGAUUGUAUCUGUGUGACGGCUGGAGGAGUGGAAGAAGAUUUCAUCAAGUGCCUGGCUCCUACUUACCUUGGAGAUUUCAAAUUGUCUGGAAAAGAAUUACGGAAAAAGGGAAUUAACAGAAUCGGAAACCUGCUUGUGCCGAAUGAUAAUUACUGUUUGUUUGAGAAUUGGAUUAUGCCGAUAUUUGAUAAAAUGUUGAAAGACCAAAAUGAAGAAGGAACAAAAUGGACUCCUUCGAAGAUGAUAUGGCGACUAGGAAAAGAAAUAGACAACCCUGACUCUGUAUAUUACUGGUGUUAUAAGAAUCAGAUUCCUGUGUUCAGUCCUGCUCUAACAGAUGGAUCAAUAGGAGACAUGUUGUAUUUUCAUUCAUUUAAAAACCCAGGACUUAUUCUGGAUAUUGUCGAAGAUAUCAGGCUGAUUAAUUCGCAAUCAGUUUACGCAGCUCAUUCAGGAAUGAUUAUCUUGGGAGGAGGAUUGAUCAAACAUCACAUCUGCAAUGCAAAUUUAAUGAGAAAUGGAGCAGAUUUUUCAGUGUUUAUAAACACAGCUCAAGAAUAUGAUGGAUCUGAUGCAGGUGCUUCACCUGAUGAAGCUGUUUCGUGGGGAAAGAUUAAAGUGGAUGCAACCCCCGUUAAGAUUCAUGCUGAAGCUACACUUGUGUUUCCUCUAAUAGUAGCUGAAACGUUCGCUCGAUAUUUUCACUCCCACAAAGAUAAACUUCAAAACGGGACACUUUAAACUCAACCCCCAAUCCUAGGCUUUCCAGAUAUAGUACAGUAUAAUUUAUGUCCGGUACUUUAAGGAGAUGUGUUGUGUUAAAUGCAUUUUGUGCCAUAGUGCAGUGGUUUCCAACCUUUUAGGUGGAUCGAACUCCAAUGGAACAUUCCAGCGGAGCGAGCACCGUUGUGCAAUAGUUCGAUUGAUUCGAUUCAAUAAUAUUGCCUUCUAUAGCAACCAAUCAUUGUUUUCUGUCUCAGUUUUGGAGAGACGCACCCACUAGUGUAGUUCCUUUGCUUCUUUCUGGUAAUUUACCAGAUGGUUUUAAUGUAAUUUUUCUUCAAUAAUUUGAUGUGGUGGCAGAAGUAUGCUUUAAGAAAAGAUUGCCCGAUUACCAUAAGUCUCAUUUUUGCAUUUAUCGAUUACUCCAGUAAACAUUCAAAUAGAAGUGAAAGAGCAAUAUAGUAGCAGGAACAAUUUGUUUUCGUUGGUUUUUCGUAAUUGCACUCAUUUUUAUUUAUUUAAUUGGUUAUUAUGUACUCUGACGAUUGUGUUUAAAUAAAUGCAGCAUAAAGAAUCCUAAAUCUUACAAAUAGGUUUAGCCACGUUA